UGAACACGUGGUUCCGUGUCCGCCGUCAGUUCCUGUCGGUGCGUGGAGGGCUCCAGUCCUGCCUGCAACUCUGGCUUUCAUUGCUGCUCGACAGAUAGAGGAGAUCUCCUGCUGCUGCUGCUUUUUCUCUCUCUCUCUCUCUCCUUCCCGUCUUGCUACUCUUGCCUCCCCCACCCCUCUUCCUCCUCCUCCUCCUCCUCUUCCUCCGCCAGGCCGCGGUCACUUCAGCGUGGAUUCGUUCCGACACGGAGAGACUCAGCGUGUGCGCGCGCGCCUGUGCAAGAACCUGAACGUGACAAGAGCGUGUAUCUCCCCCGACACCCCCUUCUCCUGCUCUUCCUCCUCCUCCUCCUCCUCCAUUGCCGUCCUCCUUCUUCUGUUCGGUCAUGACGCUGGAAGCGAUCCGCUACCGGUCCGGUUCUCUGCAGAUCCUCAACCAGCUGCUGCUGCCGCACCAGACCGUGUAUGAGGACGUCCGCUCCGUGCAGGGCGCCUACGAGGCCAUCAAGUCCAUGAAGGUGCGCGGAGCUCCAGCCAUCGCCAUCGUGGGCUGCCUCAGCCUGGCCGUGGAGCUGCGGGCGGGCGCCGGGGGCGACGACCCCGUGACCUUCAUCAGGGAGUCUCUGUGUCACCUCACUUCGGCCAGGCCCACGGCCGUCAACAUGGGCCGAGCCGCCCGCGAGCUGAUGGAGUUCGCCGAGAACGAGAGCAUGGAGAAGAACUCGGAGCAGCUCAGGGAAAGUGUCAUUUCCUGGAUCGAAGACAUGUUGGAGCGCGACGUCAACGACAACAAGAAGAUCGGUAACUAUGGAGCCCAGCACAUCCUGUCGGGCGUCCCGAGGGACUCCGUCACCGUCCUCACGCACUGCAACACCGGCUCGCUGGCCACGGCCGGAUACGGGACGGCGCUCGGCGUGGUGAGGAGCCUCCACGGUCUGGGCCGGCUGAAGCGCGUCUACUGCACGGAGACGAGGCCGUACAACCAGGGCUCCAGGCUGACGGCGUACGAGGCGGUGGCAGAGGGCAUCCCCGCCACGCUCAUCACGGACAGCAUGGCGGCCCUCACCAUGAGGGAAAUGGACAUCACAGCUGUGGUGGUGGGCGCUGACCGAGUCGUCGCUAACGGUGACACGGCCAACAAGGUGGGCACGUACCAGCUGGCCAUCGCCGCAAAGCACCAUGGGAUCCCUUUCUACGUGGCUGCGCCCAGCACGUCGUGCGACCUGAGCCUGGAGAGCGGGCGGGACAUCAUCAUCGAAGUGCGGCCCCCUGAGGAGCUCACCAGUAUAAACGGAGUCCCCAUCGCCGCGCCUGGUGUCGAGGUGUGGAACCCGGCGUUUGACGUGACGCCUCACCAGCUCAUCACAGGGGGCAUCAUCACCGAGCUGGGGGUCUUCCUCCCGUCGGAGCUCCAGGCUGCGCUCACUGGCCGCCUCACCGCUCUCUAAAGCGAAACCUCCCAGCGCCCCCUGCUGGCUCCGGUGCACCACUGCACAUUCACAUCACGCUUUUAUAAAAGACACUCUUGUCUUCACUGCGGGCGCACAGUCUGUGGUCUUACUUUGGUUUUAAUCGGUGCACAAUCACUGUAAGGUGUCAGUGGUGCACUGUCUGAAAGUCUUUAGCCUCUCUGCCAGCCACAAACAAAAACAAACAAACAAAAAAAUACGGGAUGUUUUUCACUGCAGGGAGUUGAGAAGGUGUGUGCAGUUUCUCCUUACUUUUAAAUCCUUUUUCCGUCAUCUUCACGUAGCGCUUUAUUUCACGAAUCAUUUUCUCUUUUGCUCUUUCGUUUCUUUUCUUCCUUUUCAAGUCUUUAGAAACAGCUUCUGCAGCCAACAGAGCUCAGCUGGACUCGAUAUAAUUCAAUUUGGCAAAAUAAGCUUCUAGAGUCAUAGCUGAGGCAAAUAAAAGAAGUAAAAUAAAACACGGAGGACACGACUUUGUCCAUAACAUAUCAGUCGUGAUUUCCAGAAUGCUGCUACCUACUUGUACAUAUAUAUUCCCUGCCGGUAGUGUAAAUAUGUAGAAAACUAACCUCUGCUUGUUAAAAAAAAAAAAAAAAAAAAAAAAAAAAGGUACUGCUAUUUUAACCAAAAAUAUGGUUACUUAAAAUCAAAUUUGCCACUUAAAAUGUUAUAUUAACAUUUAAUUUCAGUUAUUCAGUGUAGAACUUUUUCACUAUAAGUAAUUAAAAAGAAAGAUGGUAGAUGUUUAUACACAGCCUUUCUUGGUAUUUUUUUUUUUAACCUGUGCGUCUAGAUAUUUGAACCAAUCGGCUGAAGCCUUUUACAGGACAUGGCAUGUAUUUAUACCUCACUUCAUGUCUUCAUCUCACUGACUGUACUGUAUUAUAUCGCACAUGUAUACUUGCAUAAUACCUAUAAACACACACACACACACCUGUCCUGAUGGCUCUACACUAGAGACACAAACACUCUGAGGCUGGGGCUUUUUUUAUACAAUCCUAACUUUUUAAAGGAAUGGUUCACUCUAAAAUGGAGGUUUUGGUUCACCGCCACUUCUUCACGUGCGACUUCUCGUCAAAUAUUAUUCGAUAAUUACUCGUGAAUUAUGUCCAGUCAGGUUUUUUCUUUUCCUCGGUAGCAAAAGAAGAGAGAAAACAGCCACCUGUGGCUUUAAUUUGAAUUUUGUUCACUGGUUUCUGUGUUUCAGCGUAGUUUUGUACUUUAAUGCCAUUUCUCUGUUCCUCUUUAUUAUUAAAGACGUUUUUAAUGCAAGGUUCUAGUAUUAGUAGAGAUGGACAGAUUAGUCAUUUUCCUCUGUUCAUUAGGGUCUGACCUGUCAAUUCCAGUUCUUACUGGUUCUUUUUUUCUUUUACAUUUUCUAAAGACUUUAAAAAUAAAAAUUGAAAAGCCUGUGAAAAGUUUGUAUUUUCAGAAAGCGAAGAUUUUAAUCCAAUUAUAAUUGAAUGAAUUGCCAGCAUUUAUUCGCCAAAGUCGAUAUUCCCUAAACUUUAAUCUGACUUUAGUCUAAAAAACAAAAAAAAGAGAGAACUUCUGUGAAUCGAUGUUCUUUUGCAUUUAUAAACCGAAAACGGUGAGAGAUCCUAAUAAAUGGAUGCCUGAUGGGCAGAUUGGCAGAAAAUCUGGGGUUUGCCCCGCCCAUACACGCAUCGACUGCAACAACAAACAAAAAACUAUUGCAACCAGCACAGAAACACCAUCUGCAGUCUGAAUGUAAAGCCUUUCUCUCUUUCCGCCGGACACGUUUCAGACUCUCGGUCACUUCUUGCCUUCCUUGUCACUUCAGAAUGUGCUUCAGCUGUUUGGAUUCAACCCGCCGCUUAAAUUUAACUGAUGUUUUAUUUUGAAGUCUUGUAUACUUGAUGGUAUGAAGCAUUAAAAACAUGAUCUCCUCCAUAGCUAUUGUACAAUAUGUUUAGGCUUGGCACAUUUUCGACAACUUACGAUCAGGUAGCGCUGACAUCAUAUGGAAAAGUUAGAGAGAUUUGGUAAAGAUAUAUUUACAAAUUUUCUAAUUUUGUAUUUGGCAAUGAGUGAGUGCAUAAUAUUUGCUGACAUUCGUCUGCUCUCUGAACCCAACAACCUUCCUGACACGCAUACAUAGAUAUUUUUAACGGUUAUUCAGAAGUAGCUUCGAGUUUCCUCCUCUUCAAGAGCGAUUCGGGUGCUGAGAAAUCCUUUGAUGCGUCCAGGUCUGUUUGGCGUUGAUAAAAAGGUCAAGAGUUUCAGAUGACUUGUACUCAAAGGUCAUAAAAAUCAAACAAAGUGGGGAAAAUCUUGGGAAAAUGAGGAAAUUCAGGGUCGGCUUCAAUUUCGGAUUCAGUGUCGUCUCCAGAGAUAUAAAACGCUUCAGGAGUGAAACGUUUUUCUGGUUGGCUGCAUUUGUAAUUGGUUUUUUUUGUGUGUGUGCAAAUAGUCCGUUUUAAUGCAUCAAAAUCAGGGAGGAUAAAAUGAGGACAAAUAAAAUCAAUGACUUAAUGCCUGUCAGCUAUUUUGUUUCUUCGGAAAGGUUACAUAUAAACCAUUUGGUUAAUUUUCUGAGCAUUUGUCUCCAUGUGUGCCACUGUGAUGUAGCUUAUAGAAGAGGGGAAAAUGUUAUAUAUUAAUAUAUAUAUAUGAGAGGUCAAACACUGCAAAGUGAAGCUUUUAUUUUGACAGCUUGUGCUACCUUUUUCUAAUCGAUUGCUAAAAGGAAAAACAUGGGUUCGCUUGUUUCUUGCUUUUAUUUUUGCAAAUGAUUUGAACAUUGCAAACCAUGUCAGAGCAAUUAUUAGAUAUAUUUUCCCUCAAGAUUGCAACAUAUCUGAAAAAGGCUGUGGGGAAGAUGCUUUCAACACGCAGGAGCUUUUAUUUUUUAUGUCCAACAUAAUUUCAGGUUUCUUAGGAGCUUUUCCUUUCAACAAAAAUGAAAAAAAUAUCCCUUCCUCUAGAAAUUGUUUUGCUAAACUUUUAUAUUGAAAGCCAGCCCACUGUAACGCUACAGGAAGACCAGCAUCUUCCUGUAGAUACUGGAAUCAUUGAUUCAUUUAUGAUUAACACAACAUAUUUUAGACAAUCAGUCUGUUGCUGUUUCACUACACACAACUGGAAAAAGUUUUGACUACAUGUGAACAUUAAAUCAUUAAAAAAAAGAAGAAGAAAUGGAGGUGGGGGGGCCUCUAUACCAUAACCCUAAUCUUGUACAUUUUUGCUGUUUUCCUAUUAACUUGCAACUUUAAUUCACCGUUUUUAUCCAAAAAAAAAAAAAAAAAAAAAGAAGAUGAGGGGAAAAAACCCAUUGUUAAUCACUAUCUACCACCUGAUUGAUUAUAUGUUAUUAGAAAACUGUAACGUUGUCUCACUGCGUUUUUCUCUCCCAUUAAACCUCGGCACGCAGAGACGGGUCACGUGCGAGCGUAGAAAACUUUUAAGCAAAUGCCCGUUUUCUGCUCGAGACGCGUUUUCCGGGGCGUUUCUAUGACGACGCUCCACACGUAUGUAGCAGCUGUGAGGCCAUCAGAUCCGUCGCAAACAAAACCCCCGUCUUUUUUUCUUUUUCCGAGCGUUGCGAGGCCUCUCUGUCUGUCCGCGAUAAUUAUACCCGUCUCACUGUGGUCUGUUUUCAUUUCCUGGUUCCCAUUGUGACUCUUUGUGAGAUGGCCAUCAGAGCGCCAUGCCGGGGAGGCCUCCUCAGACAAACGCACUACCUCUCAAGCGCCAGGCUGCAGCAGAGCGAGCCGAUUCGAAGAAAACCGGGACUGAAAGUUUUAUCGGGUCUUUAUCCCAAAGCGAAGUGUAAUUUUUGUGGCUAGAUUCUGAGUCAACUGGACUGUAGGCUCGCUGUCUUGUCUUUUUUUUUUUAAACAUGUCCCGAAGCUGCGUCAGCACACUGCGGUGUUCAAUAGAUGCACUAAGAUGUUCUGGUGCCAAAAGUCCAGAGUUUCCACGUUGACUCCAUCGAUUUAAAGUAGCUGCUCUUGUGUUGCGAAAAAAGGAAUUAAAGUAGACGGAGUGUUGUUCAGAUGGCCUCCUUAAGUGCAAGUUUUUCAUUGUUAUUGAUAAUCACUUGAUCUCUGUUUACGUUUGUAACGUGAAAAUGGUUCCAAAUUGGAUUCUUCUUUUUUAUAUACAAAUAUAUAUAUACGUAUAUGAAUAUAAGGCUGUCAUGAAUGAAGAGAUUUCUCUUUCACAUCGAUACAAAAAAAGAAUAAAACCACAGUGAAAUGGCA